ACGAUGUGUACUAAUGCUGCCGUGACUAUUUUUUAUUGAGUAUAUUUUUCUCAAAAACAGAAAACGGCGUCGUUGCUUUCUUCAUUGCCUAAGCCCUAACCAGAAAACACUUACAAAGAAAUCAACAGGUAUCAGAAGUCACGGGCUCAUCUUCUCUCUAAGCCCUAUCUGAGUCCCAUCACCCACCGUCGCCUGAGCGCCACCGCCCCUACCUCGACGGAUCAAGCUUUCUUCAUUCCUCAUACUCACGAAGAUCAUUUCUGUGACCAAAAAAAAUGGGAAGUGCUCCACCUGCUCAAAUUCCUACAAGCUUUGGUCAUGAAUUGAGGGCUUGCCUUCGUUGCCGCCUUGUCAAAACCUACGAUCAGUUUAGAGAGUCCGGUUGUGAGAACUGUCCAUUUUUUAAAAUGGAAGAUGAUCAAGAGCGUGUUGUUGAUUGCACUACCCCCAAUUUCAAUGGGAUCAUUUCAGUAAUGGAUCCAACUCGAAGCUGGGCUGCUCGUUGGUUGCGCAUUGGAAAAUUUGUUCCUGGUGUUUACACACUUGCUGUCUCAGAGGCUCUUCCAGAAGAGAUGCAGGCUCUUUGUGAAGAUAAGCAUGUGCAGUAUAUGCCUCCCAAACGAUUGUGAAACAAGUAAAUAUCGGCUGUGACAUCUCUAACUUCGUUGAAACUUAGUCUGUAUUGGUGUGGAUUUUAUUGCUAGUUUGUUCGAAUGCAUUUUUGAAAUGUCUUGCUAAAAUUAUCUGAACAGAUAUUAGUUAGUGUGUACAUGAGAAGUCAUGAAUCUAACAUAUGGACUUCUUCUUCUGAUGCUUUGUUGGCCAAAGCAAUUUCUCAAAACUACUAUCAUUUGCAUGCAAAUAACCAAAUUGCGUCCUUUUGGUCAUGUUGGAAUUUUCCACUUUUGGUUAUACAUGGAUAGCACCAACUAGUUUUGUUUUGUUACUAGCAGUGAGUUUUUAACUCAUACAUAUGUAGUAAUUUAAUCCUAAUGGUUUAAUAGCACCAACAUCUUAUCUCUUA